ACUGUUUCCAGUACAGUACCGACAUCAAGAAGAUCAACAUGUGAUGUUUGGACUCAUGUGAGGGAUGCUGGAGGUUUGUUUGCCUGGUGUCCUGGAGACAGCAUGGGUUGGUUUAAAAGCAUCUCCCGUGAGUGGUGUGUGCGUGAGAGAGUCACUGUAUGGCUGCAUCUUCUGAGACGGCGUGAUGCUUCUCGUCAGGAUUGACCUGUGAAAACACUUGAGCGGGUGUCAUGCCGUACCUCGUGCACACGGCUCACGCUCUGUCCGUGGCUCUCUUGCUCGGUACGGUGGGCUGGAUCCUCACCAUAGUGACUAUGGGAAUGGUGGAGUGGAGGGUGUGGGAAGUGUCCGACCUGUCCGUCAUCUCCUCCGGUCUGGCCUGGGUGGGCGUCUGGAGAGUGUGUUUUUACAGCAGCGCUCCCAUCCUGCCAGAGAAUGAAAUCAUGUUCUGUCAGAAAAUUGGUAUGUUUGAAUCUUUCACUCCACCUGAGAUCAUUGCCGCUCAGGUGCUGAUGUUAGUGGCUGUGAUGCUGGGGCUGAUGGGUAACGUCAGCGUGGUGUACGGCCUCAGGAACAUUUACUUUGGAUUGAAUCUUUUCAAACGCAUCCGUCUGGCUCUUUCGGCUGGAGGUGCUCUCUUCAUUCUCACUGGCGUUUCUACCCUCAUCCCAGUCUUUUGGAAUCUCAGUUCUGUCGCACACAACCAGACUAUUGUUUUCCCCCCAGCGUUUCGCAUGCCGUCCGCACCUGAAAAGCAGCACAUCGGCCCUGGGAUCGGUGUUGGGAUUGUGGCGUCUUUUCUGGUGGUUUGUAGUGGGCUGAUCGUUCUGUCUUACAGGGUUCCAGUUGGUUUGACGGGCAUUGUGAAACCAGAAGACAAAGACAUGAACGAUGAUGGAACAGACAAUCCUGCUUUCACCAGAACAGACGAGUGACCGCAAACUACAUCAUACUGUAUACACAAACAUCGAAAGUCAUCGUUUAUUCUCCUUAUGUGUUUGUGUAACGGUUUUUCUUCAGUGAAACACAAUAGAGGAUAUUUUGCUAAAUAUCUCAGUGGUUUUGUGUUCAUACAGGGCAGUUCAGUGUUGUUUGAUUAUCAGAAGAAAGAAACUCACGCCGGUUUGACUUUGACAGGAUGUAAGGGGGAAUAAAGGGUAUAAAGGGAAUAAAGAGAUUAAAUGUAAGGUUUAUUUAAAGUAAAUGUGAGAAUUGAGAAACACAUGAGACGGAUAUGUGUUUUCUAGGAGAUGGUCAGAAAUGAUGAUGACGUGUAUCAUGAAGAAAAAACAUAAACAACCGACCCCACGAGACUCCCGAAGUCAAAUUUAAUUUAGAACAUUGCUUGUGAAUAUUUGUCACGUUUAGUAAAAUAAAACCGCCUGUUUACAUUCUAUCCUUAUGUGUGAAGAGUAAAUCAAAAGCAGACAGAAAGUGUGUGCUGACUUUAUUCUAAUGUGUUGGAUUAGAGUUGGAGUUAAACUCUGUUGGACGUUGAUCUCCUGGCACCGGGAGACGACAGAUGAUUGUAAAGGAAGUGAUGUGGGAGGCUUAAACUUGCGUAAUUGGGCCGUUGGCAUCGAUCCAAGCUGGUAGGUGUGUAGCUCAGAUGUUGAGCCCGCUCAUGUGAACUGCUGUGGAGGAUGGUGGUGGCAGGGCACGUGAAAAACUCCAGACUAUCACUGCACUAAUUGUUAUCCUGGAAGGACAGUCCGUGCCAAAGCCGUUCCCUCUGAGGUCCACAUUGUGUCGAGACUGAGAGCCGCCGAACAAAAGGCCUCUAUUGGACAGAACGCUGCGUCUGAAUAUAAAAACCCAACAGACCUGUGAGUUCAGAUCACAUAUGAUUCUGAUGUGGCUGAUGUGCUGUAUUUAAGUCUUCUGAUCUCUUUAAUAUCUCUAUUAUUUCUUACGUGAGUCGGAUCAAAUCUGUGACUCCGGUAUUUUUCCUGCAAGAGUCAGAAAUCUUUGAGUUUGAGAAGAGAUGUCAACAGUGUGUCAAACUGAGCUCAGAUCUGUCUCGUCUGCAGUCAAAAGUCCAUAUUAGUGAAGAUCUCUGUAUCAAGUCAAACAUUUCUCAUCAAAUGUACAAAAUCUAGAUUAUUUUAACUCAUUUCACUCAUUCAUGUGGUUCAAAUCAGAGACUAAUUUGAUGCCUAAAUUAAACACAUGAAUGAAUAUCUCAGCGAUCUUUCAGUCUGAUUGAGGAAAAUCAGUAGUGAUUCUCAUCCGUGUGUCUCAUUAUCAUAAAGGAAGUGGGCGGGAUCUAUAUCUGAAGAAAGCUUUGUAUGAAACAGAUCAGAAGAUUAGCAUACAGCUUUAUAAUGACUCUAUUGUAGAAGCUCCACAAAGAAAAGCUUCAUGUCUGAUCUGACAGCAGCUGGAGUGCAGAUCUUCACGUGUCCGGCGUGAGAAGAACGGACAGAGAAUCUCACGAGUUAAAACUGAUGGGAUUUAAUACGUUUUAAUCUCUCAAAGAAACACUUCUGCUGUAGAAUGACCACAUCAGACACAGCUCUUAUAUAAUCAUUCGGUUAUUUACAAUCGUUUCAUGUGGUCAGCAGCAAAAUAUUCAUCUGUCUCUAGUUUGAACAUUUUAUUUCAGAAUAAACUCAUAAAGUGAUGUGUAUCAGCAAAUUCAACACCUGUUUGACUGAAUGAAUAUCAGAUUUGAAGUGUAUUGUUUUCUAUGAAAAAAGCAUCCUCAAAAUAACAAGAGUUUACUAAAGAAACAAAAUUGCAUAUAAUAUUAAGAUGUUCUGUUUAUAUUUUUUAGUCUUAUCUAUUAGGUAUUGAAACCAUAAUAAAGUGAAAUAGUUUUUCUUAACAUUGAGUAAUGGGUAUGUAAAAUUUGUGCUAAAUUUGUUGAGCUGAAAAAAUAAAUGUGACCCUGGACAACAAAACCAGUCUUAAGUGUAUAAAAAUACAAGGUAUGGCUAAAACAAUAGAUUUUUCAUUUAUGGCAAAAAUCACAAAGAUAUUAAGUAAAGAUCCUGUUCCAUGAAGAUAUUUUAUAAAUUUCCUAGCGUAAAUGUAUAAAAACUUUAUUUUUGUGUCUUUAUUGCAGUGCCUACAGUGCCUCUGAUUACCAACUUCAAAGGUGAUUUUCUCAAUAUUUCGCAAUAUUUUUGCACCAUCAGAUUUCAGCUUUAUGAUCACAUAUCAAUAGAAAGCUUAUUUCUUCAGCUUUCAGAUGAUGAAAAAAUCUCAAUUUCUAAAAAUGUACCCUUAAGACUGGUUUUGUCGUCCAGGGUCAAAAUUUAGGAUUCAUAUUCUCUUCUCAUUAUAUUACACAAAUUUACUUUAACUAAUCAUUUAGUUAUCUUGUUAUAAGUAUAUGCAGAAUAAGUAUAUAUUUUAUUUGUUACAUUUUUAUACCGCUGACAAGAAUCUACAACACACAUCUCCGCAUAAAUCAUAUGAGUAAAAUAAACAUUCAUCUCAUCUUU